AACCGUUCGACAUAGGAACGGAUUCUUGGACACAUUCAACAACGAAAAAUAAACAAACGCUUUAACGCAUUUUGUAUUAAUGCAUCGCCUUAUUUCGAAAAUUCCUUUGGACAUGUACCUGGGUGCUCCGAGGGCACGAUAAAACUCGUGUCAACUAUGGUUUCCGGUGCAUCCUGUACUGAAUUCGACUGAAUGGUAAUGAAAAUAUAAAAAAAAUAUACCUCGAACACUGCCUCGUUUGCUGCAUGUGGAUCGCCUUAGCAGCCUUAGCCACUGUUGGGGCCCAAGUGGUCCCUCAAAACGCUCACUGUGUCAUCUACACAGACAGCUGCGGACAGUUACUGGACACCCUCCAGGUGUGCCAAGAUUUUAAUCGACAACUCUGCAACCGUUCCGCCUGCAAGUUCAUUCAUCUCCACGACGGAAACGUAGAGGUGAUAGAAAACCGCGUAACUGUAUGCAGAGAUGCAGUUAAGGGCACAUGCACGCGGCCUCAAUGUAAAUAUUAUCAUAUACCGGUGGCAUUGCCUCCGGCGCCCCUAAUGGCUGUCAACAAUUCCGCAUCUCCUUAGCCGGUGCUUCCACAAUAAUGAUUAUAUGAUGUGCGAUGCACAAAAAACACCUUGCAGAGAAUUUCAAUCUUUCGAACCUUUUCACAAGUUCGGUUUGGAAGAUUAAGGACGAAUAGAUAGAGAGAAAAAGAGGCAUAGAA